UAAUGCAAUGGUUCAUUACGCAUGCGUGUCAUAUUCAAUAUGUCUGCGCCCGUCGGCAAGGUGGUAAAGAAACAACAUUUUGAAACCAAAUAUUAACAUUUAGUGAACCGAUAAUAUUAGAACUACGUGUGACUAAAUUGUGUUUUGUAGUAGUAUCAACAACAUUUCAAGUAAAAAUUUAUUAUGUUUAGUACGUUACGGUUUAUUAGCUCUUCAAACUCCUCACUCCGUCAUUGCUUCUGUUGAAAUCCAGCUUUUUUUUUUUAACGUCACCAAUCAAUUAAUGACUUGAUUUGAAAUGGUAUUUUUGAAAAUUUCUGCAGUUUUUUCCCCCACAACACUAAUUGUAGCUGCAGACAACGUGACUAUACUUAAAACUUGAAGUUUUAUCAAAUUUAACGCAUUUUUGCUGCAAAACAAACACCCGGAAUUUAACAGUUCGUUUGUGGUGGACAAGCUGCCUCUUAAAAUAAUAAAUCUAGGACCUUUAAGCACGUAUAAAGAAAGCUUUUCUUAAAAUCUGAAUAUUUUCGAAUGGAAUCUGGCCUAUUGACCUGGUCUACCACAAAGUGACAUCAAAGUCUGUUGGCUUCUCUGCUCCUUUUAUAAUGGCUCAUAGAAGACUUUUUAGCCUUCUUCUGAGAAGACGUGAGGUGAUCCCUCGCUUUCACCAAAAACCUCAACAUAUCAGCUGGACUCUUCCUCAACAUGCUGGUCACCUCUGUCACAGGAGCCAAAGGACUCUUCAUAUAGGUACUCCACUGAUGAUGAAGAUGCUGUCAGUGGAUGAACUUUUUGCAAGUAGGUCUCUACAAGAAUACUUACUAAGAAUGGAGAAAGACUACAACGAGUGUUUACGAGUGGUCAGUGGCGACGUGUCAGAGGAUGAGUACAGGAAAGAUGAAAUGAAGACCGUGCAGACCAAAGUAUCACUGCUGGCUCCUCUCAUUCAGAGCAUCAGAGAGCUGCACGCAAAACAAAAGGAGAUUACAGAGACCGAGAUGCUUCUGAAAGAUGAAGACGCAGCGCUGCGAGAACUGGCUGAGAUGGAGAGAGAAGGGUGUUUGCAAGAUAUUCAAGAUCUGAGACAAAAGAUUUUAGAUCUGCUGAUCCCUGAGGAGGAGGCUGACACGAGCGACCUCGUCCUGGAAGUCACAGCUGGUGUUGGGGGUCAGGAGGCCAUGCUUUUCACGUCUGAGAUAUUUGGCAUGUACCAGAGCUUCGCUAAGUAUCACGGCUGGUCCUUCGAGAUCCUGGGGCACGUGAAAAGUGAUAUAGGGGGGCUACGUCACGCCUCGGCCAGUAUCAGUGGUCCUCAAAGCUACAAGAAGAUGAAGUUUGAGGCCGGAGUUCAUCGAGUUCAAAGGGUUCCCAAGACGGAAAAACAAGGCCGGAUGCACACCAGUACCAUGACUGUAGCUGUUCUGCCCCAACCCACUGAGAUCUCGUUCACAAUAAACCCGAAGGACCUGAAGAUAGAAACGAAGCGAGCGAGUGGAGCUGGAGGUCAGCACGUCAACACAACAGACAGUGCAGUCAGGAUAGUCCAUCUUCCAACAGGUGUGGUUUCAGAGUGCCAAGAGGACCGAUCCCAGAUGAAGAACAAAGAAAAGGCCAUGAAGACCCUGACAGCGAAACUUUACAGCAUGAAGUUGGAGGAGGAAACCAGCAAGCGUUCCAACCAGCGCAAAAUCCAGAUUGGCACAAAAGGCAGAUCAGAGAAGAUCCGGACGUACCACUUCACCCAGGACCGUGUAACAGACCAUCGUAUUGGCAUGACGGUGCACGACAUUAAGAGCUUCAUGCUGGGAGAGGAUCUGCUGGACGAGAUGAACUUCUCACUGCAGGAGUUUUCCAACCAGGAGACAAUCAUUGAGCUGUUGGAAAAGAAUAGCCAGGAGGGCUCAUGAGUUUGGCCCUAACAGAAAAGAAACAUUUUAGUUUCUGGAUGCUUGAGCGCUGAAAUAUCGUUCAUUCCUACUCUGCUUUAAAGUCUGUGUUUACAGACCACAUCACAUUGAAAUGGUAAGAACAUACUGUGGAACUUGGCUGCAGACAUUUGAACCAGUAGUUAUUUAUUUCAACAUAUGUUUUCAGGUAAUUGAUCUCAAACACAAUUAAAGACAAUAUGUAAAAGUUAA